AUGGCUUUGGUAAAGACGUUGACGGAUCUCAGUAUUCACCCAAAUAAAAUAAAAAGGACUGAAAGAUUGGAACUUGAAUAUCAAGGCUAUGCUAUUUAUUGUGUGACAUGUGCUUCCAUCACAUUCACCGAUGAAGAUCUCUUGUUAAGAUCCAAACCACAUAACCAUUCGCUCUUUGUGUUAGGGUAUGUGCGAGAACAGAAACUUAGUCACAUGCUUGUGGAUGGAGGUUCGACAGUAAACAUCAUGCCUAAGUCAAUAAUGAUGAAGUUAGGCAUCACCAUGGAUGAAUUGUCUCGAAGUCAUCCCAUGAUUCAAGGCUCCAACAAAGGGGAGCAAAUGCCUUCAACUUUACAUCAAUGUUUCAAGUUUUAUAGAGGUGGAGUGAAGAAAAUCUUAGGUGACAUCAAACCAUUUACUGAAGUCGAGUCUUAUUUCACCGAUGCCAAGUUUUACAUGGAUGAAGACAUGGUAUCUAAAGUUAUUCCCAUUGAGGUUCACUCAACAGGCAAGGCUAUACCAAGAAGAGAUGAGCAUUCAAAGUGCCUUCCCACUGAAGAGAAUGACAAUAAGCAGUCAAAAAGCACUUUGUUUGGACAAAUGGGAUCAUCACCAAUAGAGUCAUGGAAGGUGUCUAUUCCUGUUUUUCGUUAUGUCUCAUUAUCCCAACGGAAGAAAGGACAAUCUCUUUUUAGAAAAGAAGUAAAACCAAGAAAGUUAGGGGAAAGUGAUAUGAAGUUCUUGAAGGAGUCGACAACUAUGCCUUUGCCCAAGUUGAGCAAUUCAGACAUUUCAAAACCUUCAGUACCAUGGUUCGUCAGACCAUCACAAGACGCAACAAGACAUGAAUCUCUUCCAGUCAAAAGAACUAAGGAAGGUUUUGAUCCUAACACUUAUCAGCUCAUGUUGAAGGCAGAUUAUAACUUUGACUUAUCUUUUUCGCUGGGAAAGCUUAAUCCGUAUUUCACCGGAGAAAGGACACAUGACCUUAACGAAACCCAAGAGAAGUUGAAGGACCAGGGUUACGCAAUUGACUUAGCUAAAACAGGCCUUGGUUUUACUCCUAUUGCACCCAUUAAGAUCUUUACUUAA